CUGGCGCUGCGGUAGAGGCGGCGGCAGCGGCGGCAGAGCGGGACGCGGGCGGUGGGAGCGGAGGGACCGGCAUGGACGUUUCGGGGCAGGAGACCGACUGGCGGAGCGCCGCCUUCCGGCAGAAGUUGGUCAGUCAAAUUGAGGAUGCCAUGAGAAAAGCUGGUGUGGCCCACAGUAAAUCCAGCAAGGAUAUGGAGAGCCAUGUGUUCCUGAAGGCCAAGACCCGGGACGAAUACCUUUCUCUCGUGGCCAGGCUUAUUAUCCAUUUUCGAGACAUUCAUAACAAAAAAUCUCAAGCUUCCGUCAGUGACCCUAUGAAUGCACUACAGAGCCUGACUGGUGGGCCUGCUGCGGGAGCAGCUGGAAUCGGCAUGCCUUCUCGGGGCCCAGGACAAUCCCUGGGCGGGAUGGGUGGCCUUGGCACCAUGGGGCAGCCGAUGCCCCUCUCAGGGCAGCCGCCCCCUGGCACCUCGGGGAUGGCCCCCCACGGCAUGGCUGUUGUGUCUACAGCAGCUCCACAGACCCAGCUGCAGCUCCAGCAGGUGGCGCUGCAGCAGCAGCAGCAGCAGUUCCAGCAGCAGCAGGUGGCGCUGCAGCAGCAGCAGCAACAGCAGCAGCAGCAGCAACAGCAACAGCAGCAGUUCCAGGCCCAGCAGAAUGCCAUGCAGCAGCAGUUCCAGGCGGUGGUACAGCAGCAGCAGCAGCAGCUCCAGCAGCAGCAGCAGCAACACCUGAUUAAACUGCAUCAUCAAAACCAGCAGCAGAUACAGCAGCAGCAGCAGCUACAGCGGAUGGCACAGCUGCAGCUGCAGCAGCAACAGCAGCAGCAGCAGCAAGCUUUGCAGGCCCAGCCGCCACUACAGCAGCCACCGAUGCAGCAGCCCCAGCCUCCCCCUUCCCAGACCCUGCCCCAGCAGCUGCAGCCGAUGCACCACCCACAGCACCACCAGCCGCCACAGCCCCAGCAGCCACCAGUUGCUCAGAACCAGCCAUCGCAGCUCCAGGCGCAGUCACAGACCCAGCCUUUGGUGUCACAGGCUCCGGCCCUCCCUGGACAGAUGCUGUAUGCCCAGCCACAGCUGAAACUUGUCCGCGCUCCAAUGGUGGUGCAGCAGCCGCAGGUGCAACAGGUGCAGCAGGUGCAGCCCCAGGUGCAGCAGCAGACAGCGGUGCCAACAGCUCAGGCUUCCCAGAUAGUGGGUUCCGGAGUGCAGGUCAGCCAGAACAGCCUCACCAUGCUGUCCUCACCAUCGCCGGGCCAGCAGGUGCAGACCCCGCAGUCGAUGCCCCCUCCCCCCCAGCCGUCCCCGCAGCCUGGCCAGCCCAGCUCGCAGCCCAACUCCAACGUCAGCUCCGGCCCUGCCCCUUCCCCCAGUAGCUUCCUGCCCAGCCCCUCACCGCAGCCCUCCCAGAGUCCAGUGACGGCACGCACCCCGCAGAACUUCAGUGUUCCCUCCCCGGGACCUUUAAACACCCCUGUGAAUCCCAGCUCGGUCAUGAGCCCAGCUGGCUCCAGCCAGGCUGAGGAACAGCAGUACCUGGACAAGCUGAAGCAGCUGUCCAAGUACAUCGAGCCCCUACGCCGUAUGAUCAACAAGAUCGAUAAGAAUGAAGACAGAAAAAAGGAUCUGAGUAAGAUGAAGAGCCUUCUGGACAUUCUGACAGAUCCCUCUAAGCGGUGAGUUUUGCUCCUGGUCCUGGGGGCAGGACAGUGGUGUGCCCAUGUCUGGCAGCUUGGUUAGCCCAGCCUUGGACGGGCGUUUGGUGGUGAGAUGGAGUUUAAAGGGGCCUCGGGCCUCCACAGGUGCCUC